UUCAUCUCUGUGUUGUUCGUUAAUUCUCUUAUUCUUUUCAGUGUCAAAAAAAAGAAAAACAAAAGGAAUGGCUUUGUUCAGCAGUGUGCUAUGCAUUGCGUCUCUUAUCUCAUUGAUGUGGAUGGUUGAGGCUCGAAUUCCAGGGGUUUACAGUGGAGGAGCUUGGCAAAGUGCUCAUGCUACCUUCUAUGGAGGAUCUGAUGCUUCCGGCACAAUGGGGGGAGCAUGUGGGUAUGGAAACUUGUAUAGCCAAGGGUAUGGAGUUAGCACAGCAGCAUUGAGCACUGCACUUUUCAACAAUGGUUUGAGUUGCGGUGCAUGCUUUGAGAUCAAGUGCGCAAACGACAGAGAAUGGUGUCACUCUGGAAGCCCCUCUAUCUUCAUAACCGCCACUAACUUCUGUCCCCCAAACUAUGCUCUCCCAAACGACAAUGGUGGAUGGUGCAACCCUCCUCGCCCACACUUCGACCUUGCCAUGCCCAUGUUCCUCAAGAUUGCCGAAUACCGUGCUGGCAUCGUACCAGUAGCUCAUCGCAGGGUGCCAUGUAGAAAGCAGGGUGGAAUAAGGUUCACAAUCAACGGUUUCCGUUACUUCAACCUGGUGCUGAUUAGCAACGUGGCGGGUGCAGGGGAUAUCGUGCGCACAUAUGUGAAGGGCACCCGAACCGGGUGGAUACCCAUGAGCCGAAACUGGGGUCAGAAUUGGCAAUCAAACGCUGUGUUGGUGGGUCAGUCCUUGUCCUUUCGGGUCAUCGGCAGCGACCGCCGCAGUUCCACCUCAUGGAACAUUGUUCCACCCAAUUGGCAAUUCGGUCAAACUUUCACCGGAAAGAAUUUUCGGGUUUGAUGACUCACCACACCAGUCACCAGUCAUCACAACUCUUCCCGCUUUUUAAUUUUAUGAUAAAUUAAUAUAUAUACAUGAAAAUUGAAAAGUACAACAUAUUUUUUGUUGGUUUCCCACUAAUUAUUAAUUUCCAGUUUUGCCCCUUUUGGCGCCCAUUUUUAUUCUAGAUGGCUUCUCUUUUUGACUGGAUUGUUUUGAAGACUGUGACGUGACAGUGUGCAGAGGAAGGUCAUUAAAAAAAAGUAAAAAAGUGAGUCAAAGAAUGGGUGAAUGACAGGUUAUUGUGACAAAUUGUUAACUUUUUGUUUCUGAUUGGUGGGUUUGAUUUAAUAUGUAAUCGAGGGCGCGUGAUUGAGGUUGUACUUAUUUGGUUUAUUUGGGAAUGGGGAGAGUAGAGCGUAACCGUAAGGUAAAGCCAAAGGGAAGGAAGAGAGAGAGAGAGCGUAGGAAAUGCUGAAGCGGCUAAGCAAAUGUGGGGUUAUGUAUUUCUAUAUAUUGCUCUAUGUAUCUAAGGAAGUGUGUUAUGGUUAACAUUAUA